AUGCGCAGCAUCCUCCUAUAUACCUUCAUCAUCUGUAGACAGACGCACGCCCUGCCCGGCCCUCCUCAGACCCGAGAGCUGCGCUGUGAGGGGACGCGCCUCCCCUCGUUGAUGAGAAUUCGCUGCCACGCUUUUUGCACAGGCGAGAGCCUCACCGCGGCGGCAACUCUACCACGUGGACAAAGGCACAGCCGUGUCUCAUUCUCGACAAUGGAGGAGGGCGUGGGGUAUGCACUAGGGGCUGUCUCGGGGGUCAGACCGCCGGGGGACGGCAACGUACCUGCGCGGCGACGUCCAGGGUCAGCGCGGGCCGCGGCCCCCACGGUCGGGACGCCCCCCGCGUGGGCCGCAGUUCCACUGAGGGGCCGGCCGCGGAGGUCACAAGACCCUAGGCUUCAGAAGCAGACGAGGGAACGAGCAGAAGAACAGAAGAACAGCAGAAUGGCAUGGCAGAGAGAAGAAAGGGACCAUCUGAACGCCAAGAGAAAUUCAGCUGGGGGAGGUCAGAGAGGAGAUAGACCGCAGGACAGCCAAGCUCCAGGGGAAGAUCAUCUUCCCACUCCAUCCCCUUUCCAGCUCCCCAUCCAUCCCGCUGAGAGCCACCUCCACCACUCAAUAAAACCCUGCAUUCACCAUCCUCAAGUCUGUGUGUGA